AUGGACAGAAACAUUGCUGCCGUGACUCGUGCCAGCAACAUUGUUGCCCACUACGCUGCUGCCACUGACACCUUUGCUGCAGCCGUGACCCCUAUUGUUGCUCAACCCGUUUCCAUGUUUGAGAAAUCAGUUUCUAAAAUGAGAUUGAGUGACCUUUUGAAGGCUACCAACAACUUCAACAAAAAUCCUCUUAUGGUUAGGAGGUUGCAGGAUUCUCAGCACUCGGAAAAAGAAUUUGUGUCUGAGAUGGCUGCUCUGGGAAGUGUGAAACAUCCUAAUUUGGUUCGUCUCUUAGGUUUCUGCGUGGCUAAUAAGGAAAGGCUUUUGGUUUUUAAGUACAUGUCAAAUGACACUCUUCAUGAUCACAUACGUAUUGCAGAUGAAAGCAGGAAGCCGAUGGGAUGGCCUCUGAGACUCCAUCAUAACUGUAACCCUCGCAUCAUCCACCAAAAUAUAAGCUAUAAGUGCAUCUUGAUGGAUGCUGAUUUCGAGCCAAAAACUUCUGAUUUUGGACUGGGCAGGCUAGUGAAUCCAAUUGAUACACAUUUGAGUACAUUUGUGAAUGGAGAAUUUGGAGACUUGGGGCUAUGUUUCUCCGGAGUAUACAAGAACCCAAAGGGGAUGUCUACAGCUUUGGAACCGUGCUUCUUGAGCUGGUGA